AUGCAUCACCUCCGUGAAUCCCUGAUAAGCCCCUCGCCAAAAGGUACCCCCGAACUCACUGCGUUAGACCGCGACUCCGGGGACCGGGAGGAUGUGCGGGAAGCCGCCGCUCAGGGGCAAUUUGAGGAACUCAGAGGAGCAGCCUUCUUUAAUCGAACCUGGAUUAUCAGCGAACGAUACUGUAAGAUUGGAGAUGGGGUAGACUCCCUUGAAGGCUACCUUCAUUCCCUGUGGCAUAUAUACUACCAGCUUAGCCGAUAUGCAUCACAUGAAACAUCCGACCAUGAUCGCCUGGUCCUCGAUAUCCUCCGCAUCCAGGGAAAGGGGCCAUUAACCAGGCCUGUGUCGGGGUCGUACGGGAUCGAUAUCGCACGAACGGUCGAGGGCACGCUGUGGAAUGAUCUGCCCUUCUUGGUCACUGACAUGACUGACUUCUGGAUAAAUAACUGCGCGUCAAUGGCGGGCAUCCAGCGCAUUAACUUUGCGUCCUUCUUGGCCAAGCUGGCAUCAACCCGCAUAUGCAAGGACAGGAUAUGCCAGAUCGCCCUCGUUCUAUUCCGCACUACGUUUGAGGAUAGACGAGACCUUUGCACCACGGAGGAGGAGGAGCCGGAUAAUGAAGACACAAGGCGGAGCAUCGAGGACCUUGAAAUUGUACACUUGUUGCCAGCUGCCUGUACAUGGAUUAAGGAGGCGGGACACAAUCUCAUUCUACUCUCGGAUGUCUCAUGGAAUGAUUGUCCAAGCACCAUUGGCCAGGGUGGCCGGAUGUUUAUCCAGUCAGAGCUCGGGAAGCGAUCACCAACUGGGUUUACACCAUGGAGAUGGAUGUACUGGCUUAAGCGUCUCCAUGAAAUUCAGGAGGAGGCAAAAGAGACUAACAAGACACGCCUGGAGGAGUAUGCCACCGAUGCCAUUGACUGUAUGGUCUCAAAUGUGGAGGAACGUAACUCUGAAAUUCUUAGGGCUUACCAAACCGGUGGGGAUGUCUUGCAUCAAGAUGAACAUUUGUUAUGCCUGAAGAAUCUUGUAAAAUGCGAACCCAACGGAGAAUGA